AUGGCAGACAUGAAGACAGAAGAACAGCGCGCAGCACUGGAAGAAGAAGCGAAUAUUGCGAGGCGACGGCUUGCUGCACACGAGCUGGCAUUGAUUAGAGGUCUCGAUCUGACAGGUGCAUACCGCAACAUCCGCCAGUCCAUCUCUCCGAUCACAAGAACAAUUCAAAUCCCCGAUAAGGACCCUCAGCGAGUCAUCGAGCCGCCGGAUAUCGGACAAUCACACAGAGCCCUUCCCGCCUCUACCUCUGUCGCCUUCAUCUUUGGCCAUAGAUCUUCCGGGCUUAUCGAAAACCUCACCAAGGGCUAUGUCUCCCCAUGA